GCGUUAAUCAAGCUGCAAGGUGUCUCCGGCGGAGAGUGACAGCCCCCAAAACGCCUCGCGGCCAAUGGGCGCGUUCACACGGCUGAGGAGCGGGGGGAGAGCGAGCCGGAGCGGCGCAAGUUCAUUUUUUCCUCCUUUUUUUAAUGAUUUAAUUUUGUAUUUUUACAUCAACCCCCCCCGGCCCCCACCGUGGGGGAGGCGCUGUCCGAGGUGCUGAAGUCGGAGUGACUCCGGAGCUGUCCGAGGUCCUGAAAUUGGCAUUCGGAGUGACUCCGGGCACCGGUCACGGUGCCGACGCUUUGGCUCCGGUUUGACUCCGGUUCUCCCACUCCCCCCCUCCCGCCACCCGGAUCUCCCCCGGCGCUGUCCGAGGUGCUGUCGGGGAAGGGGGGCGCCGCGGCGGCCCGAAGGCUCCCACCCCCUCCGCCCUCCCCUCGCCCUCCCCGUUGAUUUCUGGAUCAUUAAGUGGUUAAGGCGCUGCGGAGCCCUCACUAUCGAUCGCUGCCUCCCCACCUCCGGCUGGCAGCCCCCAGCCCCGCGGCUCCGGGCAAGGGUGGGGUGGCCGGGAAGGGGCCCCGGCUGGGCGCGAUGCUGAAGACGGAGCAGCCCUGGAUGUAACGCGCGGCGCCUCGGAGAGCCCUGCAGCAAUUGUUGCCCGGAUCCCACGCUGAACUUUGCUCUUUUUUUUUUUUUUUUUUUUCCUUUUAGAUUUUUUUCCUUUUUUUUUUUUUUUUUUUCCUUUCGCUUUUUGUUGUUGUCGUCGCCGUUAUUGUUAAUUACCAUUACCAACCCGCUUCCGCCGCGCCCUCCCCGCCAAUGCCUGUGUGAGCGCCGGCACCUCGCGGGGGCCAUGGAGGGCUCCACCGGCUUCGGGAUCGACUCCAUCCUCUCGCACCGAGCCGGCAGCCCGGCCGUGCCCAAGGGGGACCCGCUGGUGGGCGACGGCCGCUCCCCACUGGAGCUGAGCCCCCGCUCGGAGGGCAGCAGCGGGUGCCCCUCGCCGCGUUCCCCGGAGGCGGCGGUGCGGCCGGGCCUGGACGCGCACCUGCAGCCGGGGCAGCUCUCGGCUCCCUCCCAGUCCCGAACCGUCACCUCCUCCUUCCUCAUCAGAGACAUCCUGGCCGACUGCAAGCCCCUGGCCGCCUGCGCGCCUUACUCCAGCACCAAUGGACCUCACGGCGGGCAGGAGGCGGCGGGCAGGAUCCCCACCAAACCCGGCGAGGACUUUAGGGAGAAAAUGGAAAAAACCACCAGCAGCUCCUCCUCGGACUCCGAGUACAAAGUGAAAGAAGAAGGGGACCGGGAGAUCUCCAGUUCCCGGGACAGCCCCCCGGUGCGGCUGAAAAAGCCUCGCAAAGCCCGCACCGCCUUCACCGACCACCAGCUGGCCCAGCUGGAGCGCAGCUUCGAGAGGCAGAAAUACCUGAGCGUGCAGGACAGGAUGGAGUUGGCCGCCUCCCUCAACCUCACCGACACGCAGGUGAAAACGUGGUACCAGAACAGAAGGACCAAAUGGAAAAGGCAGACGGCGGUGGGCCUGGAGCUGCUGGCCGAGGCUGGCAACUACUCAGCCCUGCAGAGGAUGUUCCCCUCGCCCUACUUCUACCCGCAGAGUUUGGUCUCCAACCUGGACCCCGGCGCUGCCCUCUACCUGUACCGCGGACCCAGCGCUCCGCCCCCGGCCCUACAGAGACCUUUGGUGCCCCGCAUCCUCAUCCACGGACUGCAGGGCGGCAGCGAGCCCCCCCCGCCCCUACCCCCGCUGCCCGGCGUUCUGCCCCGGGCCGCGCAGCCCCGGUGAGCCCCGGCCCCGAACCCCGGGCGUGGGGGGGGCCGGAGGGGACCAGCCCAGCCCUGGGGCCGCGAGCGAGCGACAGACUCCCGCUUCCCCCCUAAUUAUAAAUAUAUAUAUAUAUAGAAACGAGACCCCCCACCCCCUCCACACACACAAACACACACACCACCUUUUUUAAUACACGAAGUACGAAAGAACAGAAAGAGCCGCCCCCCACCCGGCUCCGGGACUGCGGCCGCUUUACCCCGUUGUGCCCCCGGGGGGCAGCGAUGUGGGUCCCUCCCCACCCCCCGCCCAAUCCGAGGCUGCACCGGGGGCGCGGGGAGGGGCUGCCCGGGGGUUGGGGGGAGGGCUUCGUUCCAAGCAAUUGCCCGGCCCGACCCCCCGGUACGGCCGGAGCCGGGGAGGCCCCUCCCCACCUAUCCCGGCCCCGCUCCGGGAUCGGGAAGAACCGGGGGGUACCGACCCCCCCCCUCCGCCACAGCGACACUUUGGGACCUCCGUAACCGGAACAAAAAUAAUAAUAAUAAAAAGGGAAAAAAAAAAAAAGAAAAAGAAAGGUGGGGGGGAAGGAAAAAGGAAAAAAAAAAAAAAAAAGAAACAAAAAGCGGCGAUUGUAAAUACGGUGCGCCAAAUGUAUAUGAAUUAUUUAUUUGUGAACCCUGAGGGCGUAUUUGUGUAAGUGAUGCUUUGUCCGUCUGUAUCCCGGGGCCGGCCCGGCCGGGGCGGGGGGAGCUCGGGGGCAGCUCCCGCUCCCGUCCCCCCUUUUUUAAAUGUGGAAAUAAACUUCUUUACACACGAA